AUGGACGAGCUACGGGCUUUUUUUAAUAAUCCGUUCCCAUCUAGUUCUCAAGUUACAAAACUUCGAGGUCCAAUUACUGGUGGACACAGAGUUACUAAAGAAGAUAAUAUCAAUCAACUUAACAGACCUGAAGAGCACCGCCGGUCUGUUGUUGUAAGCGGCACUGAUUAUGCGCGAGAAAUCAAGGAAAGAGAAACACAAAUAUAUUUAAAGAAUGAAAGGGAGAGAGAAAAGUAUGAGAGUAUUGCUGGUGGACUAGAUUCUAUGGAGCAUCUUUCAUCGUGGGGUACGUCAAUGCAAAAUAUUCAAGAACUAACAGAAGAAGCAAUGACUGAAGUGUAUAGCAAAUACUCAUUCCAAAGGAAGGAGGAUACUAAUAACUUAGCUAUAAAUGAGUACAGACAACAGAUUCUAGAUCGCAUCUCAGGAUUUCCAGUAGUAAUAAUUGAAGGUCCAACAGGAUGUGGAAAAACAACACAAGUACCUCAAUGGAUUCUGGAUGAUUCAUAUAAGAAUCGUAAACCGUGCAAAAUUGUGGUGACUCAGCCAAGAAGAAUAGCAGCUAUUUCAAUAGCUAAAAGAGUAGCUCAGGAACGUGGCUGGGACCUUGGCGGUAUAGUUGGAUACCAGGUGGCGCUUGAGAGUAGAGUCUCAAAUGAUACCCGCAUCCAUUAUGUAACAACUGGCUUACUACUGCAAAAAUUAGUUGCUGCCAAAAAUAUGAAUGAAUACACGCAUGUUAUAUUGGAUGAAGUGCAUGAGCGUGGUCAGGAGAUGGACUUCCUUCUGCUUGUUGUAAAAAAGCUGCUUUAUACAGUAUCCCCGCGGGUCAAAGUGGUACUCAUGUCGGCCACAUUCAAUAGAAAGGCUUUCGCCGACUACUUCAUGAUACCGACGCCUCGUGGCCUGGAGAUGUCUACAUGUAUUAAAGUGGUGAAGAAAGAGCCAAUGUUCACAGUGAAGACUUUCUAUUUGAAUCACUUGAAUAAGUUUGGAUCUAUACUUCAAGAAGCCACGCCUAAAGGCGAAUCACCCGGCAUUAAUCCUGAAAUGCAUCAUUUGGUAAUCAAGCUGAUAAAUGCAUUUGAGCAGAUAGAUAAACAAGAAGACUGCUACACAGACCGAUCACAGGCUGACUUACCCUCUGUAUUAAUAUUUCUGCCUGGAAUCAAUGAAAUUGAGGAGCUGUAUGCUUGCUUGACUGAUGGUGCAUUGAGGACGAAAAUAUGUGAUAAAGAAUGUGCGAGAUAUAAUUGGUGGGUGCUGCCAUUGCACUCGACUAUUACUGCCGACGAACAGGUCCGCGUGUUCCAACGUGCGCCCGUCGGCCAUCGCAAGAUCAUUCUCGCCACAAACAUUGCUGAGAGCUCUAUCACUGUACCUGAUAUCAAGUAUGUGAUUGACUACUGCCUAAUGAAGGUGCUUGUGGCCGACGAGAACACAAACUUCACAUCACUACAGUUAUCAUGGGCUUCAAAAACGAACUGCGAACAACGUGCUGGUCGUGCAGGUCGUGUACGUGAUGGACGCGUCUAUCGUCUUGUAAUUGACAAAUUUUAUGAAAACCUUCCAGACGAAUGUACGCCUGAGAUAAUUCGUUGCCCGCUUGAGAGAUUGGUAUUACUAGCAAAAAUGUUGGAUAUGGGACCCCCAAGCGAUAUUUUGGCCCUCGCUAUGGAUCCACCCGAUAUGUCCAACAUACACAGGACAAUUCUUGUGCUAAAAGAGGUGGGAGCUUUGAAAAAGACUCUAAAGGAUGAGUGGUGUGUGUCCGAUGGUGACAUCACAUAUUUAGGUCGCGUCAUGGCCAAAUUACCACUCGACGUAAGAGUAUCUAAGCUAAUUAUGUUAGGAUACAUAUAUGGAUGUUUUGACGAGACCAUUAUUAUGGCUGCUGCCAUGUCAGUGAAGAAUGUGUUCAGCAGUCCCUUUCGGGAACGAUUAAACGCCUAUAACUCAAAACUUACAUGGGCUGAUGGAUCCACGAGUGACAGUAUUGCGUUCCUUAAUGUGUAUAAGGUGUGGAACCAUUUACGCCAGUUGAACUAUUUCAAGCAACAAGGCAACAGCGAGGCACAGUGGGCGCGCCGCUUCUACGUACAAGUGCGUGCGUUGAGAGAGUUAGAUGACCUUGUGCGAGAGCUUCGUCUGCGUCUCUCCCGUGAGGGUCUGGAACCUCGACCUGGUACCUCGCCCUGGGCCAAGCACGAGAUUAAUCUGGUUCUCAAAGUGCUGGUGGCGGGCGCGUUCUACCCGCAGUACUUCGUGCAGGCGACGCAGGACGAGGCGCGCGAGUGCGAGGCGGUGCGCACGCUGGGCGGGCUGGACCCGCGGCGCUCGGUGUACCUGCGCGGCUUCCCGCCGCACCAGCCGCCCGCGCCCUACGCGCCCGCCGUGCGCGCCGCCGUGCGCCGCGCGCUCGGCGACGACCCCAGCGUCUCCUUCGACUCGAACAGCAGAAAAAUAUAUCUAACAUUCUCGGAAGGAAGCGACAGCUCUAAACGCGAUAAAGACAAAACUGGAGAUCCGACAAUACCCGGACAGGUUGUGUUACCCAUUUACAAAGCGAUUAAGGCUCGCCAGCUUAGAAUGGAUAUACGAAUACCUCUUUUGCCGUUAGAGAAAGCCAAUGAACUCGCGGCUGCCCUAGAGAUGAGCAACAUGAAUGUUGAUAUAGAGAAAAUGGUGCCUCGGUUGCCCGAAGUUGAUGAUACACACUUUCCGCUCAAAAUAUCUCAAUUGAUAUCGGUGAGCAAGUUCUGGGUGCAGUACGACGACGAGUCGACUGCGUGCGAGCUGCGGCAGAUCCAGGCGGCGCUGAACCGCGGCUCGCUGCUGGCGGUGGCGGGCGCCGUGCGCGUGGGCAGCCUGCUGGCCGCGCCCUACGCCGACGCCACCGGCACCGCCUUCUACCGCGCCAGGGUCACCGCGCUGCUGCCUCGUGACAUGCUUGAGGUGGUGUACGUGGACUACGGCAGCAUGGGGCGCGUGGGCGCGUGCAGCGUGCGCGAGCUGCCGGCGGGCGCGUGCCGCGAGACGCCGCCGCUCGGCAUGCGCUGCGUGCUGGCCGGCCUGGCGCCCGCGCCGCUGCUGCACCACCACGCGCACUGGAGCGCGCCCGCGCUGCAGCACUUCAGCGGCCUCGUCGCCAGGGGGCGCCUGCUCGGCAAGGUUUACUCGGUAGUUCACGGCGUAGUAGCGAUAGAAUUGCUUGCUGACGGAGGACGAAUCAGUGUCAACAAAGAACUUCUGGACAAGGGCUUUGCCGUUCCCUGCGAGGAAAGUUAUGAAUCAAAGUUGAAUCACGACCUCAGGCAAAACGCGACGGAAUUGAAUAUGGCUCAGAAACGAGCAUACAACAGGGAACAAGCUGAAGCGGCAUUCUAUCAAAUGCGGGAAAUAGAGCCACCUAACUACAAAGAAUGCGACACGGAUGUGUGCCUGAAAGGACCUUUCAGUCCAUUAGAAACAAACGUACACAAUCUAAUGUACGCGAGCCGCGAGAAGCAAGUUAACAUUGAAUGGAAUUCGGUCAACUCAGUACUGCUCGAUACCGAACCACAGGAGCUGUAUGAACGACUGUUAGUAGCAGCUGAAGUGGGUCAAAGCGAGAACGCAAGCACGUUGACUCUGCGGCACACAACAUUGCUGCCAAAUAUACCAGGCCUGCCAGCAAUUAUAGCUCUGCUUUUCUGUCCUUCUGCGGAGCUACGUCGCGACUCUGGGGGCACCCGGUACGUGAGCACUCUAUGCGGGCUCGGCAGCACCGAGGACGGCUCACCGUACUUCCCCGAGCACGACAUACUGGUCAACAUAGACGCCGAUUUAAAUGUCGACGACAUAGGUUUGAUUAACCAUAUCAGGCACUUGAUGGACUACAUGAUGUACUGUAGCGAAGGACAGGACGCACCGACGGCUGAUGACGAGUUUCAUCCAAAAGUGCCCAAGUUCAUACGCGAAGAUCUCUUGAAGUUGCUAAUGAAGCGUCGCAAGCACCGCGAGUCGGCGUGCGUGGCGAACGCGUGGGAGUGGCGGUCGGUGGACGAGAGCGAGCUGCUGGAGAUCAGCGCGCCGGGCAUGGUGCAGCGCGCCGUCGUGUACCCGCUGCACGCGCCGCUCGAGCUGCACCCCGUCGCGCGCGAGCGCCUGCUCGAGCUCAAGCGCGACAACGACCAGCUGCGCCUCGAGGUGGCCCGGACGUCCAUUUCGGUCAGCAAGGAGUUGACGUGCAAAUUGUGCAACACAGCACCAAUGCCUACUCACGCCAUGCGAAUACAUCUCUACUCAAACGCACACAAAGAAAAAGAGGAUGACCUACGUUCAGUCCAGUCCUAA